CACUCCCUCGUUCUUUUUAGCAGCAACAGACAGGCCGGCCAUAUUAGAGAGAUGGAAAUAAAGCUUCCUUAACGCUGUGUGUGUCCUUGUAGUACACCCGGGUAUCCUAUUUAUUUUUUUGGCCCCUAACAAUUCCUCCCGUGCAGCCCUCAGCCGCCCUCGCCCACCUCCCAGGGCUGCCAGGCUCUGGAAAUGCACAGACAUGCCUGGGUCCCGCGCCCUGCCUUCGGCCUCACGGGCCUCGGUCUCUUUUUCUCUCUGGUGCCGCCAGGGCGCAGCAUGGAAGUCACGGUGCCCACCACCCUGAAUGUGCUCAAUGGCUCCGACGCCCGGCUGGCCUGCACCUUCAACUCCUGCUACACCGUGAACCACAAGCACUUCUCCCUGAACUGGACCUACCAGGAGUGCGGCAACUGCUCCGAGGAGAUGUUCCUCCAGUUCCGCAUGAAGAUCAUCAACCUGAAGCUGGAGCGCUUCCGGGACCGCGUGGAGUUCUCGGGGAACCCCAGCAAGUACGACGUGUCCGUGACGCUGCGGAACGUGCAGCCGGAGGACGAGGGCCUCUACAGCUGCUACAUCCUGAACCCGCCCGACCGCCACCGCGGCCACGGCAGGAUCCAGCUGCGGGUCCUCAUGGAGGAGCCGCCCGAGCGGGACUCCACGGUGGCCGUGGUCGUGGGCGCCUCGGUCGGAGGCUUCCUGGCCGUGGUCAUCUUGGUGCUGAUGGUUGUGAAGUGUGUGAGGAGGAAGAAGGAGCAGAAGCUGAGCACCGAUGACCUGAAGACGGAGGAGGAGGGCAAGAUGGACGGCGAGGGCCACGCUGAGGACGGUGCCAAGUAGCGGCGGCCGGCGGCCCCGCGCCCACCCCCGCCCCCGCUCUCCUGUGCAGUGUGCCCCCGCCUCGGUGUGCGCUUCUCUUGGGCCAGGCCCCAGGGCCGGCCUGCGCCUCCCAACCCCUCACUGUCCCCCCACUGCACCAGUCACCCACCUCUCUCAUGGGAGAAGCCCGCCGUGGAGUACGGGAUGUGAGGGCCCUGGAGGAGGGAGAAGGGGUCCCGCUGCCCCUGAGAGGAGGGGAGGCCGUGUGAGCGCCCAGCGGGCAGGGGGGAGUGGAGGAGGGGUCCAGCAGCCUGCCUGCUCUCACGGGACUCAUCUGGGGGCAGCUUCAGAGGCACCUGUGGGUGGCGGGGCUUCCCUGAGCUGCGUGCUCCUGCGGGCAGCCCUGCAGGCUGGGUGCUGAUGGGCUCCUGGAGACCGGGGUGGGCACGAGCAAGGGCAUCGAAGGGAAGCCGAGAUGGAGGCGAGUGGAGACUCCGGUCCGGGCGCCCAGCUCCGCCCUCUCCUCCGUGGAUGAACUCUGAAACCGGUGGUUUCUGUUGGCUGUGAUGCUGGGGGUUUUGGUGAGAACAGUACGGAAGGGCCAGGAGCUGGUCACGGUCAGUCACGGUCACGGGCGGGCGUGUGCUCCAGGUGGUGGUCAUUUCCUGCCACCAGAGUGCCCACCAGCAGGAGGCACAUGUCAGUGAGCGGAGGGAUGGGGAGGGGGCGCCAGUGAGCUGGGCCCAGGGCGCAGGGUGAGGGACCGGCCUCACAGCCCAUCCCAGGCCCCCAGCAGUUUUCCUCGGCUCCACUGGAGCGCGAAGGGAAGGCCUGAGGGAGGCAUGAGGGGAGCCCGUGGCCGUGGCCGUGUCCGGUCUAGAGCUGGGCUACACCCCCGCCGUGACUCUCUGGGGAAGAAGGGGCGUUUGUGGGAGCCGAUCGCCCUCACGUCACGCACAUUGAGGGGAAUCUCAGGAGAGGGAGGCGCGGUGAGAGGCCUUGGGAGACCCCCAGAGGCCAACGAGCCACAUCACUCCUACUGCACACGGGGAAACCGAGGCUCAGGGGGACAGAGUGAGGGCCCGGGCACCUCCUCUGGCCGUCAGCCUACAGUUUGAAUGAACAGCCAUAGUUGUCCUGGCGGGAGAGGAGGGGAGGGGAUGCCCUGCUCCUCCCCUGAGUGGGGAUGCCCACGGCGGGGGUGGGGUGUGGGAAUGAGGACAGAGCUGCAGGCAUGCCCCUCCCCUGCCCCAGGUGG